GAAGAGAACCUAAUGACCAUCAUCAUUAAGACUUUCAUGGACCAUUUGAAGCAACAAGAUGCCCAGGGCAGAUUUCAGUUUGAACGCUACACUGCUUUACAAGCCUUCAAGUUUAGGAGAGUUCAGAGCCUUAUUUUAGAUCUCAAGUAUGUGCUGAUUAGCAAACCAACUGAAUGGUCAGAUGAGCUGAGGCAGAAGUUCUUAGAAGGGUUUGACGCCUUUUUGGAAUUACUAAAAUGCAUGCAGGUAUGAGGAAAUUGACAUGCUUUAAUUUCUUAAAA